GCAAGGCAAAUCCGUUUUUCCGUCCCCCGACAAUAGCUUACUCUAUUUUUUACUCUAAAAUAGAGUAAGGCUGCAACUGGAAUGACAUUUUUUGGAAUAAAAUCAUUUGGAAUGGAUCAUUCCAUGGGAUUCCAUGAAUUAGUUACCAGUUAUUAUGAAUGUUUUCCAAAAUCAAUUCCACUUAUUCAAUUUUUGGAAUGGAACAAAAAAAUAAAUCCUUUGUAAAAGUCAUUCCUUUUAUUCAUGAUUCUAAACCUCUGUGAAUGAAUGGAAUGUGUGGAAUCUUUAUUCCAUUUAUAAUUUCAGUUUUUAUUCCAUUUUUAACAUCAUUCCAAUUUUUUAUGGAAAUUUUUUCUAUUCCAUAAAAAAUCAUUCCUUUUAUUCCUAACAUUCCAAUUAGGAAUAACCAGUUGCACCCUAACUCUAUAAUAGAGUUUGAGUUUGCUCUAAUGGUACUCUAUUUUAGAGUAGUAAAUAGAGUGAUGAACAAUAAAAAAACAAAUUACUUUAUAUUCUAUUUUAGAGUAGAAAAUAGAGUGAUGAACAAAAAAAAAACAAAUUACUUUAUAUUAACUUAUUUUUCACUCUAUUAUAGAAUGAGAAAUAGAGUAUCAUUGGAACAUUUUUUACUCAAAAAAUUCUAUUUUAGAGUGAAAAAUAGAGUGGGGUUAGAGAUACUCUUAGCUACUUUUUUAGUUUCUAUAUCAACAAAUUCACUUCCGUUAUAGCUUUAUUUAUGCCGCUGCCAUUGGUCGCAGGAACAAGACCAUAUAUAUGAAGAAAAGCCAGAAGACAUAUAAAGCAGAUAUGGCAAUAGCUUUAACUUACCUUGUCAAUUUUGCUUCUUCCUUUUUUGGAGAAACUCUUACAAGUUACUAUUUUGGCUUUUGAAAAAUAAAAAAAAAUAUUAUAACUAAUAGUAGUAAAAUUUGUUACUUGUUUGGUUUAUGAAAUAGAAGUGCAAGUCAACAGACUAUUUGAGGAAUGUUUCUAAUCGAAAUUUUAUUCAUUUAAUUUGAGAAUUACAAAACUGUAUAAUAGUGACUAGCACUUGGUAAUCGCCAAUGCAAGUUUUAUUUUUGGACGUUAUGAGAAAUUAAGGCAUGACGUUAGAAGAAGAAGAUGAAAUUAACAACAAAUGUUCCAAAAACGGAAGCAUGAGAGACCAAACCUAACGUAAAGUAACGACAGGCGUCAAUUUUUAUAACAUGCAAAAUUCAGAGAAGUAAUUCCCUUAAUUAAUUCAUAAAUAAUAAUAAUGCGAAAAGCGCCGAGGAAAGGGAUCAGAAUGGCGGAUGAUGCUUACUUGUUAUAGCCAAGACCAUCACCACGAGAGUGGAGCCCACUGGACGAAGAAGAACAAGAAGAAGAGAGACGUCUUUUGUGUGUUUCUGAAUCGAUUUUCUUCUCUAGAUCUCAUCAUCAUCAUCUUCCUCCCGGAUCUGAUACUGGUGGAACCAAAAUAAAGGAGGAGGAGAUGGAGAAGGGAGAGAGCGAGAAGAAGGCAUCGGGAGUAUCAAACGUAGGUGCAUGGGCAAUGAACGUGACGAGCUCCGUAGGGAUCAUCAUGGCCAAUAAACAGCUCAUGUCCUCCUCUGGCUUCGCCUUCACCUUCGCGACAACUCUCACUGGAUUCCACUUUGCGCUCACUGCUCUCGUCGGCCUCGUCUCCAAGGCCACCGGCUUAUCAGCAUCCAAACACGUUCCUCUCUGGGAGCUUCUCUGGUUCUCCCUCGUUGCUAACAUCUCCAUCGCCGCUAUGAACUUCAGCCUCAUGUUGAACUCUGUUGGCUUCUACCAGAUAUCGAAACUGAGCAUGAUUCCUGUUGUUUGCGUGAUGGAAUGGGUUCUUCAUAACAAGCAUUACUCCAGAGAAGUCAAGGCCUCUGUCUUGGUUGUUGUUGUUGGUGUUGGUAUCUGUACUGUUACUGAUGUUAAGGUUAAUACUAAAGGCUUCAUCUGUGCUUCCACUGCCGUUUUCUCCACUUCUCUCCAGCAGAUCUCAAUAGGUUCACUGCAGAAGAAAUACUCAAUCGGUUCUUUUGAGUUGCUGAGCAAGACUGCUCCAAUCCAAGCCCUUUCUCUCCUCAUCUUUGGUCCAUUUGUUGAUUAUUUCUUGACCGGCAGAUUCAUCUCUACUUACAAGAUGUCUUAUGGUGCCAUUUUGUGCAUUCUUCUCUCUUGCGCUUUGGCGGUUUUCUGCAACAUAAGUCAAUAUCUCUGCAUUGGGAGAUUCUCUGCUACCUCUUUCCAAGUUCUUGGUCACAUGAAAACAGUCUGCGUCCUAACGUUAGGAUGGCUGCUCUUUGACUCGGAGAUGACGGUCAAAAACGUAGCGGGGAUGAUCAUAGCCGUGGUGGGAAUGGUGAUUUACAGCUGGGCGGUUGAGUUGGAGAAACAGAGGAAGCCGAAAGCCACACCGCACGGUAAGAACAGUAUGACAGAGGAUGAACUUAGGCUUCUCAAGGAAGGAAUAGAACAUAUGAAUUUAGAAGAUAUGGAGCUUGGAGGUAACAAAUCAUAAAUAAAAAUCUCUUAAAAGACAAAAGGUUGUGUUGAUUCUUUUUUUCUUACUCAUUCUCCCAUCAUGUACCCUUGUUAUGCUUUAUCUCAAAGAACCUUUAUAUGAUGCUCUCUCCUCUGCAGAGCACAUACUUUUUCCUAAUAGAAAUAUGAUUCUUCUGUUUCUUGGCAUAAA